UCUACAGUUACUUUACGUUAUUUUACAGCGCAUCUCAUCCCUAAUUCAACCUCUCUCAUUCCUUCUUCUAUAUUGCCUAAUAUACCUCACAUUCAACAGCUUCUCCAUGCAAUACCACGCGACCUCGCUUAGACGUUGCUUUCGCAUCUCACUAGACUCUAAACGAGAAUAAGCUUAUUAUCUUAAAGUGAGAAAGUAGAUGAUCAUCGAACUAGACGCUCAUCCGCGGCUCAAAACUUCCGUUACUUCCGUCGCAAUGAAGCAACUCACCGCGUCUAUCACGGCUUCAAUGCCCCAGCUUCGCGGGGAUUUAUUUUCGAAUGCGUACAAUUAAUAUACAAGCUUAUUUUCUCUCCCUUGGCCCAAUAUGUCUACCGUUCCCCUCAAACCGGGGUCUGUACUAUUGUAUGGUUGAAGAUGUACAAAUAGAAAUUGGGGUUCCUUUACGGAGCUCCUCCCAGCUGUUGGAAGUUUCAGUUUCCAUACACAGCGGUAGUAUCCGAGAAUCUUGUUCUAUCUUUGAGUAGCUGUCGUUGUUGUUGUUGUGCGUUCACUAUGGUUAGUUCUGUGCUACAAGCCCUGGCGGGUGCUCUAGUUUUAGGGCUUAGCGCCGCUGCCCCCGUUGACCACAUGCUGGAAACCCGGAACUUCGCUAGCAAAGCCGGUCUAGCUAUCACCGAUAGUUACCAUACACUCGCAAGAAUCCCGCGCCGGCCAGGUACCUCGCGAACUUAUGAUAUGCUUCGACAGAACCAAAGGAACCGAGCGUUAAUGGAUGAUGAUGAGCCAGAAGGGUACGACAACCUCAGGCCUGAAUCGCACCAGGUGGAAUACAUCAUGGAAGUUGGCAUUGGAUCAGAGAAAUUCUAUAUGAUCCCCGACACUGGUAGCAGUGAUACCUGGAUUAUUUCGGACGGGUUCAAGUGCUUGGACCCCUUCUAUGGUCUGGAUAUACCCCAAGAGGAGUGUGGCUUCGGUCCGUUAUUUAAGGGUGACUUCCCCGAUGGCAAGAUCGAUAACCAGAAUCUGAAUAUCUCGUACUUGAGUGGUGAUUAUCUAAAUGGCCCCAUGGGAUUCGCAAAUAUAACUGUGGCCAAUGUCACUAUCCCUAAGCAACAGUUCGCACUGGUAGAUGUAGCUGCAUUUGGUGGUGAUGGUGUAUCAAGUGGCAUCCUCGGUCUCGGCUUGCGAGGGCUCACCGCGGCUUUCGCCGGCAAUGAUCCCCGAAACGACAGCCUAGACAACCUGCUAAACUAUUCUCCUCUCGUCGAGACAAUGGGCGCUAGCAAGGCAGCGGAUCCAAUUCUAAGUUUUGCUAUGUCGCGUGACGUGAAUCGAUCCUAUAUUGCUUUUGGUGGUGUGCCUCCUGUCAAGACCGGAGAAUACACUACAGUCCCAAUUCAAAAGGGAACUACGAACAGCGGCAAGACAGACUAUUUCUAUUAUGACAUCGCAAUCGAUUCAAUCUCAUGGAAUAGUAGCACAAUCAACCAGACAGCGACGAACCUACCGAAUAUGCUCGUAGACUCGGGAACUACAAUCAACCUAUUCCCAGAUGUCGUAGCACAAGCCAUCAAUAACGCAUACUCGCCCGCCGGACAGCAAGAGGAUAGCAUGGUAUGGAGUGUACCAUGCGAUGCGAUACCUCCAACGCUCGAUAUCGUGAUUGGCGGCAAGGCUAUUCGUACUCACCCCAGCAGUAUGAUACUACCCGAGACCGCAGCUGAGGGUUCUAACCGUUGCUUGUCUGGUAUUGGUGCCGGCCAGCCUGGUUCGUUUAUCCUGGGUGAUACUUUCAUGCAGGAGAUUGUCGCUGUGUUCGACGUCUCGGAUAAGAAGGAGCUUAAGUUUGCCCAGCGAUUGGAUUAAGCCAUGCUAGGAGAGCUUCGAUCUAAGGAUAAUAAUGUUGAUAUUUCUUGUAUUUACUAUUAAGGGUACAUACUAUAUUCUAUUUCAGUAACCUGCGAUAUGUAGUAGACGAAACGAGUCGCUUACGUAAAAGAGAAAUACGUCUGCGUCUAGGCUUGGUUGGCAAAUAUAGGCAUAUGAGUGCCUAAUUGAAGGUCUUAUUAACUGUGGAGUCAAAAUAUGCUUCACAACCCAUACGCUAUCAAUCCAACUUUCGAUAUCUUUAA